AUGUGGCAUGAAGUAUUGCUUAUAGUUCUAUUAUUGAAUUUGGUAUGCGAAAUAUUUUCCAACAAGGUAAAUGUACAAAAAAAAGAUCGCGCGAUAGAAUUAGAUUCGAACCACGAUAUCAAAAUAGAUAAAGACACGAUUAUUACGAGAAAUAUGAAACUUAAUAAAAAAAAUCGAGCAAUUAUGGAAAAAAAUAUUAACAAUAAUGAUAAUGAAGAACGUGAGCCACCACAUUGGUCGUACAGCUCAUUUCCGCAAGACGUUGCCCUUCAUGCUGAGCAAUUUAAAAGAAACAUGACCGAGUGCUUGAAAGAAGUACACGCCAAAGAGAAGAAAACCAUUAAACAAUUAUCACCAAGAAAGAAGUCACCUAUACAUGGGGAAUGUCUCAUAGCGUGUGUCUUAAAACGAAAUGGUGUAAUAAGCAAUGGGAAAAUUUAUAAAGAUAACUUGAUAGUACUACUACGCAAGUUUUUCGCAAGCGACACAAAACUUUUGAAAAAACUGGAUAAAAAUUUGGACCGGUGCAUUGAAGCAAGUUCCCAUAACAAAGAUGAAUGCGCGAUGGCGGCACAACUGAACGACUGUACCAAUGAUCUAAUGGCCAACAAUAAACAUAAAAUCUUCGUUAAUUAUUAA